UCCUACUAACCGGCUUCUUUUUUUUUUUUUGCUGUGAACUAUCCCCCAAGAGUUGUUUUCAAGUGUUCUUUGCUUUUAAUAAGAAUCACUAAUUAAUCUAAUUUUUUAAAAAACAGCAUCUGCCAUUUCUCAUGCCAGGCCUGCCAUUGCAUUGCCCUGCAGCCCCAACCCCAGAUAAGCAUCGUGCAAACUGCACUGGUAACUUCCCAUCCCUUAGAAACUUUAGCAAGGUAUCACCAAGCAUUCAGAACUCAUCAGGAUCACUGCUUUCCUGCUUUCCAUGGUGUCUGGUGGGGAGGGAAAUGAGUCUCACUGCUGUCAUAAUCACCUGCUCCUUCCUCCAUCAGCAUCCCAGGUCUGCCGUGGUGGAAAGGUUUGAAGCUCCUGGCCAUGAGGAAUAGGACGUGAGUCUUAUAAAGAAAAGGCUCUUCCCCUAAAAAGAAAGAAAGAAAUGCUCUGUGAUCAUUUCUAGGAAAAGCUUUUCCUAGUGCUUAGCAGCCAGAACUGAUAACCAGGAGUGAGCCUGCCCUUUGUGCUUGACUGCUUGCAUUCUGACUUCUAUGGCUUCAUACUGACUUCUUGCAUCCUUUCCAAAGCUUGAUCUAUGCAAAAUUAAGAAAAAUAUGAUAUUUUGUUUCUUUUCCCCACUCACCAGCUUUCUUACACACAUUAUGUGGUAUUUUCCACCGCAGCAAGAGUGGCAGGAAGAAAACUUGCAAAAAAAUCACAUUAUUAUUUACUCUAGCUUCAUGUCCCUCUCAUGAUCUUGUUUUUGUAACUCAUAGAUUUCUAUGAAGUGGAAACAGUCUGACUGGCAUGCUGCAACAAUUUUAUCAUUAAAUAUUGCCAGAGAUUGCUCAGUCCUUUAUAUCAGCACUAAACAGCUGACAUCUAAACACGGAGGACCUUUUAAAUGAGUAUAGUUGUAUUCUGGGGGUAGAUAUGUGUAUUUGAAAGAAAAAGUACUGGGAUGUGUUCCUGUUUUCCAUGAGAACUAGCUAAAGAGCUGCAUCCUCUGCAGGGUGACAGGGUACACUUGACUUGAGCAGAAAUGCUGAUCAGAGCAGAGUCUGCCUUUCUUGGCUCUCCUGGGGCUGCAAGAAACCAGCUGGGAACAGGAGCCCCCGUUCUGUCAGCACUUCAGAAUCUCCUACAAACCCUCCACAGUCACUGCUGACCAGUCACUACACCUGACCAGUGACUGCUCCACUUCAAUAUUUGCUUUUUUCUUCACCCUGGGCUUGUACAGAGCUUUGCAAGGAUGUUGGAGACAGCGCUGGGCUCGCCUGGAAAUGGGGAGGUGGGAGUCAGUCAUGCAGACAAACUGAGAGCAGCUAAACACAAGCAAGGGCUGUGAUUGCUGAUGGCAGCUUUACUCAGAAAUGUGGUCUGGGAUUUCUUCAGUUUGUCCUGGGCAAUAUCUUUUACUAAAUGUCUCACUCACAUGCUGACAAUUACACAUCAUGGUUUAGGAAGGGAUUAUUUCAAAGGUAAGCUGGACAACAGAACAUUCUGGAGGACUUUCUCAGUUUGACUCACAUUCUAAACUUGCAAUGAAUCUUUGGGAAAAAACUGCCUUUGAUGCAUUGCUCUUGGAUGUGCUCAUGACCAUAUGCAUUAAUUUUCUUCCAUUCGAUUUCCACCAACAAAUCUCACUGCUGUUUCUCAGCAGGUGAUAAUGAUGCUCAAAUGUUGCUUGUCUUUUGAGGUCUGCUCUGCUGAACUGAUGCAAAAUGAUCACUUUCUCCUCUCAUACCAAAUUCCCACUGGAUGGGAUUCAUCUCAGCAGCUUUGCUUGUCCAAAAGGAGAUUAGAAUUGGAAUUGCCUCCUCAGCUCCCUCCUGAGACACAGGCACUGCUGAAAGGGGCCUCAUUUCACCUUUCCUGCCCUCCCACAUGAUCUGGAGGCAUCUGUCCCUUCACUGCUGGACAGGCAGCUUGGACAACUUAUCUGAACAGGACACAGAAGUUUUAGACCAUUGGAAAUCACAUGUGAUGCAUCUCAGGAGAUUGUUUUUUUCCCCCCAGAGACAUACAGGCAGUGUGAAGUCUGCAUCAGAUAAAAGCCCUGUAAAUGAAAUUUACAUUUCAGUGAAAUAUUUUUGCCCACAAAAGACAAAAAUAUCUGUCUAAGACAUAUGGAUAUGAUUAAUGCUAGGGAAAGCCAUGAAAAUGUAGGUCCGGGAGAAAGUAAAGACAAAAAACCACAAAGUUGGCUGAUGCUUUUCAUUUAUUUGAGUGUAUGGUAAUAUACAUAAUUCAGACAAAAUUAAUUGAAGAUAUAUUUCUCAUUUUUCUCUAAGGAGCCAAUUCCUUUCACCUCUCUGAACAUACAGAGUGCUCUGGUUACCUGUAUGUUGCCCAGUGGCACAGGUUGCCCAGAAAAGUUGUGGCUGCCCCGUCCCUGGAAGUGUUCAAGGCCUGGUUGGAUUUGCCUUUGAGCAGACUGGACUCCCUCCUUCCUCCUGGCCUCAAUAAUCCAAGGAAUAAUCUGGGGAACACGCUGGAGGUCAGAGCUCAAGGGUUUGGCAGUUUUGUGAGGACUGAAGGAUGCCCAGAGAGGAUCCUGCCAUUGUGUGCAUUGCUCCCUGUGCUCCCACCAUAACCCCUGAUCUGGGAAAUACAAAGAGGAUGUUCCCAACACACUUUAGGGAUGGCAUUCACCCCUCACCCUCACCCCCUCACCUGUCAGACUCCCAAAUUUCUUUCAUUUUCUGUGUAAGCAGUUCCCACAGUUCCUCUACCAGCCAAAUAAAUACCUUGCUUUGUGUGUUCCACUGAGUGCUUUGGGAUUUGAACUUGUUCCCAUCUGUCCUCUCAUUUUUCCUCUUAUCCUGCACAUCAGGUGAUGCAUCUGCAUCAGGUCACUGCUGCCAGUUGGAUAAAUACAGGUUAGCAGGCCUCUGGAUCUGGCUGACUGAGGAGAGAUUUUUUUUCACUGCAGGUCAAAUCUCACAUAGUUCUUGAAGACAAAUCUUAGUAGUGCUUUAUGACUCGUUUGCUUUCCUUUAAUUCCUCAAACAAAAUGACAGAUUUGGUACAAUGGGAAUAAAUGAGGGGUUAGGUCUCUAUCUUGUGGUUUUUCCCUCCAUGGCUUGAGGAGUGGUUGAUCUCUUUUUGACACCUGAUUUUAGGAAAUCCUUCAUGCCUGAGAGACAAGGCCAGACCAUGGGGCCUUUUCCUGCUGGAGCUACGUAAGGUGGAACCUAAACUCUUGUCUGUCUUCUUAGCAGUCUUCACUGUGGUUUGGGGUGUUUUUCUGCUCAAGUUUUUGCUUUUCAUGAAGGAAAGCCUCUGUAACAGGUUCUUCUGGUUCCUACAAUUCCUCCAAGGCCAAGGAUUUUCCAAAGGUGCCUGGAUGCCAGGUGAUUCCCAGCUGAGUAUCACUCAGUGAUAGAAAAGCCUCAGUGCUUUUCUCAGUUAGCUCCUCUGGCCUGGAAUGAUCUGGUUUCUCCCGAAGAAGAGGUCAGGAUCUCAGCCACCCUUGGUUUCUUUAGUCCCUGAAAAUAUGAGAGGAUGAUUCAGCCUCUCAUAUCUGAAGUGUCCUCUCUUUUUCUUUUGUUCUCUGCUGACUGCAAAAGGUGCUGAGAUGCACAAGACUGCUGCUCAGAGGCUCCUGGAACACAAUCCCUGCAUCUCUGGAUGUGAUGGGAAUGGGGUUUCAGCUGUGGCCACAGCCUGUGAGCCCUGCUGUGGAGCUGGGCAGCCUGGCUGCCCUUUCAGUGCCCAGCCACCUCAGCUCUCUGUGGCUCCAGUGGCGGGCACGGUGCCCAUUGCCCGGCAGCCCAGGGUUCCAGCUGACCCCUUAAAGGAGGCUUUAAGUGAAACAGAAAUGAAAAACACCUCUAACCAGAAAUGCAUGUUAAGCAGGAUCUAUGCUGUGACACCAUGAGAUGAAUGGAUCUCCCCCAUCACUCCUAAAUCAAAACAAGGACACUCACAAGAGCAGCUUUGGGACUGAUGUUACAGUCAGAGACCAAGCUUGUUUUUCUUUCUUUCUUUUGCCAAAGUAUUUCUUGUUGAAAGUUUUUGUUUUGUCAGACAAAAAAUGAUGCUCUAAAUCAUUUUCUAGUCCUGCUUCCUUGCCAGUCCUGCCAUGAUCCCUGUGCCAGGGGUGUCAGGCCCCUCUUGAGUGGCAGAGGCACUUUAUAGUGUGUUACAAAAAAGUUUCCCCUUCUUCAACCUGAAUCUGACCCUUUUUCCUUGCUUGGAAGAAAGCUAUUUCAUUUAUUUGGAAGAAAUAUUGAGUUUCUGUUUCAAGGAGGGGCAGCAAAGAAUCAAAUUAAUGAAACCCAGUGUCAGGUUACGAAGACCUAUGGAAGAGAUCUCUUUCACAAGCAUCUUUGAGAUGCCCACCGGGGUGUCCUGCUCAGCCUGCUUGAUUCCACAGGGGACAUGCCAGCACCCCUGGGCACCCUGUGCCUCGCAGCCUGCUGCCUGGCAUCAUCCCUCCAGGACAUCUGGCACCGAUUCCAACCAGACUGUCAUUUCCAGGUCAGUCUCCGCAUUUCUGCUGACCACGUUGCCUCCAUCAUGAGAUCAUGUCUUUCCAGAGGAAUCCUGCUAAUGCCUUCAUUCUGCCAGGCCGGUAUAUAUAGGGGGAGCUUCCCUGGGGCUGCAGUCCAGCCAAGGCCUCGCCGUCUCCCCAGCAGCGGCGCUGCCCCUUCCGCUCUCCCCUUGCAGCCACAGCUCUCAGCAGCAGCAGCAGCAGCAGCAGCAGCAGCAGCAGCAGCAUGGACAUUACCAUCCAGCACCCCUGGUUCAAGCGUGCUCUGGGACCCCUCAUUCCAAGCCGUUUGUUCGACCAGUUUUUUGGAGAGGGUCUCCUUGAGUAUGACCUCCUGCCUUUGUUCUCGUCCACUAUCAGCCCCUACUACAGGCAGUCCCUCUUCCGCAGCGUGCUGGAGUCGGGCAUUUCAGAGGUGAGGUCUGAUCGGGACAAGUUCACAAUCAUGCUGGAUGUAAAACACUUCUCUCCCGAAGACUUGAGCGUGAAGAUUAUUGAUGACUUUGUGGAAAUCCAUGGCAAGCACAGUGAAAGGCAGGACGACCACGGCUACAUCUCCCGGGAAUUCCACCGCCGGUACCGCCUGCCCGCCAACGUGGACCAGGCCGCCAUCACCUGCUCGCUGUCCAACGAUGGCAUGCUGACCUUCUCGGGCCCCAAGGUCCCCUCCAACAUGGAGGCCAGCCACAGCGAGAGGCCCAUCCCCGUGUCCCGGGAGGAGAAGCCCACCUCCGCGCCCUCCUCCUGAGCCCGCCGGCCACCGCGCUGGCCAGGCCGCCACCGCCUGCGGGUCUCGCUCCCAGAGCCUUUGCGUAGAUAUCAGUGAAUAUCUAGAGGGGUUUCUUCUGUUGGUUCCUCCCCCACUUUGUUUCCUCUUUUUUUUUUUUGUUUUCUUUUAUUUUUGUUCUCCCCCUCUUCCCUUGGAUGGAAUGAGGGGCUGGGUGAGCGGCUGGUGGACUUGGAAGCUUAAAUAUCAUGGGAAUGGCAUGGGUGGCAAUGCUGCCAUGCUGCUGUACUUGCUGAAAGGGUCUUUGUCUGGUGCUGUAGCCCAUAUCCACCAUCAGGCAGGAAGGAGAGCACGAGUAACGCUGGCUGCUGGUGCACCCAGCCGUGAGGCAAGGCUUGGGGCAGGGGAAAAGCCCUGCAGAAUUGCUGUACCCCACUCAGAGUUAAACUGGUUACUCUCAAAUAGCAACAGAGCCAAGCCCCACACUCAAAGCCCCGCGUCCAUGUGACAAACCUGCCACGAGUUCCUUGCAACCGCAGGAGAAACAACAAUAACAAUAAUAACAAUUACCAACAAUAUCCCACCUUCGGGGGGGGGGGGGUUGCAAUGUGUAUUUUUUUAUUUCAGCAAAAUGUUUAAGUGUCUCUGUUCACACCUUUGCCCUGUCAUUUCCCUUCGGGACAACUGACAGGAGGACAAGCACGUCUUUCCACUGUCUUUGUAGGCCCUCGGGGGGGAGAGAGGGGGGCUCAGCACUGUGCAGAGGCUUCUCAUCCCCAGCCAGCUCUCCCCAGCCUGUGUGUCACACACCGUCUCCCUUGCUCUCUCCUGUAACUCUAGGGUAGCUCCACCUCUCCCACUGGUAUCUGGCGCUCAACCUGAGACCGUGGUCAGUGGCGGUCAAUAAAGUGAUAUAGGAAACAGGCAA